AUUCGUAAUGUUCCUGUAAAAUCUUAAUCUAUUCAGAGUUUGUAGUGAUAUUCUGUUUUUUAUUCCUGAUAUUGGUGAUUUAUGUUUUUUCCCUUUUUAUCUUUGUCUUGCUAGAGGUUUACCAAUAGUGUUGAUCUUUUCAAAGAGCUAACUUUUGGUUUCACUGAUUUUCUGUCUUGUUUUUCUGUUUGCAAUUUCAUUGAUUUCUGCUCUUAUCUUUAUUUCCUUUAUUAUGCCUGCUUUGGGUUCGUUUUAUUCCUUUUCUAGUUUCUGAAGUUGGGAGCUCAGGUUGUUGAUGUAAGACCUUUCUUCUUUUUAACACAGAUAUUUAAUGUUAUAAAGUUCUCUCCAAGCAUUUUUUUAGCUGCAUUCCACAAAUUUUAAUAUGUUGUAUUUUAAUUGUAGUUUCGUUAAAAAUAGUUCCUAAUUUCUUUUGAGACUUUAUCUUUGACCCAUGGAUUAUUUAGAGAUGUGCUGUUUAAUGUUUUGGGUUUUGGAGAUUUUAAAAUUAUCUUUUGUUUUAAUUUCUAGUUUAAGUAAUUCCAUUAUGGCCUGAGGACAUAUUAUGAUGUAGAAUUUCAAUUUGCGUAAAUUUGUUCAAGUUUGUUUUAUGAUCCAUAAUAUGGUAUAUCUUGGUGAAUGUUCCAUGUACACUUGAAAAUAAUGUAUAUUCUGUUGUUGGAAGGAGCAGUCAAUAAAUGCUAAUUAGAGAAAUUAUAUAUAAACAUAAGGUGAUUUUGAUCUGAAUGCCAACAAACCUUUUUGGAAACAAAAUAAAAUAAUCUUAAUGUUCAGACAGAAGAAUAAAAAUCUAAGUAUAUGUAAAAUUUGUGGUUAAGAAAUUGUAAGAGGUAACUUACUCUUAAUCUGCUGACAUAAAAUAAGUAGGAUACUAGUACAAGAGGAGAAAUUAAGUCAGUGGAACAUACUAGAAGUCCACAAAUGUGUACAAAUAUAAUUAGGAACUUACUAUGUGACAAAAAAUCUUAUUUCAAUUCAUUGGGAGAAAAUAUAAAACAGUAUAUUUUAUAAAUCAGUUAUUCAUUUGGAAUAAAACAAAGCCAGAUUGUUAGCUCAUGUCCUAUAGAGAAAAAAUAAACUCCAGAUGGAUUAAUUUUUUAAAUAUAAACAAUAAUCAUUAAAAGACAAAGAUGCCAAAAGACAUCCUGUUCUUAAUAUUCCACUGUGACUUCCUGGGAAAUAAGGUGAAAUGAGGCACAAUCCCACAAUGUACUUUUUCAAUGCCUGACAAAAUGAAUACAGUCACCACCAUUACAAACAGCCAAGUGACCCUGGUAACAUCCAAACUUGAGAUGUUUUCAAACAUCUGAUAUAAACUUUGAAAAGUGGAGAUUUGAAAACAAAAGAUAUAAACCUUAGCUUUUUAAACAUUUAAUCAUUUGUGUGUUGAUUCCCUGGGAUUUUUAAAGCAGGUAAUCAUAUCAUUUACCAAUAAUGACAGCUUUCUUUGUCUUUCAGUCCUCAUAUGUUGUGUUUAUCUGUCUUGUCUUUCUGGGCUUUAAUCUCACAAAGAAUUGGUGGCAGUGAGUAUCCUUUAUCUUACACCACGCUUUAAAGAACUGCUUCUUUUGACUUUACUUUGGGGAAAUUUCCUCACUUUUAUCUUCCAGUUCUUCUAGUAAGUCAUUCAUUUUGGUUGUGAUGUUUUUUACUUUCCUCAAGUGUAUUUAUGUGUAGAUGCUUUGAUAGUAUAAAAUAACUAAAAAAGAAAUAACAGAAGAGCAUUCUCUACAGCUGAAUGACAUUGUGACAUAGAUCUCAGAUGGAAAAAUACCCAGCAUAUUCUCUGCACAAUGGAUCAUAAAAGGCCUAUACUUACUCCCAUCACUAUCAGAGUAUCAUGUAGGGAAAUAAGAGAGUAAAAGAUUUCCAGAGAGGAAGUUUUGAAGGGAAUCACUGAAAGAAUAGAAACAAGAUGCAUCAUUUCUAAGCUGCUAGAAGAAAGAAAAUAUGAGGAAAACAAUAAUAAAUCAGUCAAAAGUCAGGAGAGGAAAAAAAACACAAGAAAAUAUAGUAGGUCAAAAAACACUAUCAAUAAUUAUAAUAAAUGUGAAUAUGUUUAAUUCUACUAACAAAUGACAGAACCCUUAGAUUGGGUUAAAAAAUCCAGUUAUAUGCUGUUUAUAAGCUAUGGCCUUCUAUUUAAAACAAAACAUCAACAUGUUAAAUAAAUAAGGGGAAAUAUAUUUUAGACAAAUGCUGAUAAAAAUAGAGCAGGUGAAACAUGCUGUGAUGGAAGAGAUUUUCAGAUGAAAAGCAUUAAAAGGAGUAGAAGUGGUUAUCGUAUAUGAUAAAAGGUAAAAUGCACCUAAAAUGAGUUGUGGAUAACUGUGCACAUAAAGUAGUAGAUCCAAAUCCAUAGAGUGAGUUUUUGGGAAUGUAAGGGGAAACUGACAAAGUUGCCAUUCCCUGAAGAGGAACUCACUUCUGUAUGGAAACAAAAGAACGCAUGCGGGCAUGUUUGGGAGAAUCUGAAAUCAGAAAUAGAAUUCUUUCUUUACAAAGGGAAUCCACUUGAAUCAAAGGUGAACUAGAAAACAAAUCACUUGGACUUAAAAUACUGAUGCUAUAUUAUAAAUGCUAUAUUCUGAGAGCCUGUAUAUCUACAACUUAGGGAGCUAAGCAAACAUAUACAUAAUUAUUUGUGAAAACUCAGGUCAGGGCAAAUGUUGCCAAGUGAGAUUAAAUUCAACUCUACUUUGCAUUUGUUCUACUGUAAAUGACAAGAGUUCUUUUUCACGUUUUUAGCUGUUUGAGGGCAAGAGAUAAGGACUCUCUUGUCAAAUAAUCUUCCUCAGGAGCCCAUGUUUUCCUAUAUGAAAUGAUAUCUCUGUUUGUAUGGACAUUAAGCUUUGUGAGCAAUAUUUAGAUAAUGUAGGAAGUCAUAGUGCAUUGCUAAUGCAGGAAAUAAUAAUGUUCUCAAAGUGUACUUAUUGUUAAUCCCUGUAUAUGUAACUGAAUUGAAAAUGAAUUCUCUUUUUAAAAACUUUUCCUUUAAGAACUUGAAAUUCAAUCCCUUGUUUUGCAUACUCGUAGGAAUUAGUACAAUGUCUAAUGAAAGUCUUCUGUUUUGAAAUAGCUCUUAUGUAUUUCUGUCUUCCAGGUGCAGUUGCCCACAAUAAGCCUUAAUUAAAUAAAAGAGCUUCUGACAGUUUCUAAGCCUAAAAUAUAAUGCAAAGCUUUGUUUUUUGCAAACCAGUGAUCAGUUAAGUUGUAAUCGAAAUAAGAUAGAAGAACAUCAUAUUGGCAAGAAUUUAUAGGUUUGUUGGUGAAGGUGUGGAUAAUGAAUAUGCUUAUGGAUAAAGUCCUUUCAGAGCAAUUUGGUAGUAUCUGACCACUUUUUAAUUUUAAGAUUGAUGUUUCUACUCAGCAACUCUACUUCUAGAUAUCUAACCAAGAGAAAUAUUUGCUUCUUAGCACAAACAGGCAUAUAUAAGCUUGUUUACUUCACAUUUUUUAUAAAAGCAAAAGAUGCAACAUCUCACAAAUGCAUCUCUAAGGGGAUCAUUAAAUAAGGCCUGGCACAUCUAUGCUCUGGAACACCAGACAGCCUUUAUUUAUUUGUUUGUUUGUUUGUUUGUUUAUAUUAAGGUAUCAUUGAUACACCCUCUUAUGAAGGUUUCACAUGAAAAACAUUGUGGUUACUACAUUCAUCCAUAUUAUCAAGACCCCCAUGCCCCUUGAAAUCACUGUUCAUCAGUGUAGUAAGAUACACCAGGCAGCCUUUAAAUAGAAGGAGGUGGGCAGCAACACAGGAAAAUCCUUGCAACGUGUUUUUAGGCAGAGGCAUGUUACAGAAAAAACUUUGUGUAAAAAACCCUAACCCGCUAUGUAUGUGUGUGUAUACUUACAAAUAUAUAAAUAUGCACAGAAAUAUGUCUCAAAAGCCUCUGCUUGGGGGCUGGAAAUGAGGUAAAUUUCUUAUUUUACUACCUUUCCCUAAUCUCUCAUGACAGCUAUUUGGUGGGUACAGAACUUAAAUCAGUGCCCAAUACGGUGCCAUUUUCCCCAUACCAUGUGUACAACCAAGGGACGGAGGAGGAUGGUCUGUGCCUCACCAACACCUAAUCCACAUAAGGGGGUUCUGUUCUUCACCUGUACAAUCUGGGAUCAUUAGAAUUUGGAAGUUCUAGUCCCCAAGAAAAGAACCCAUCACCAGGGAAGGCAGCCUUGGUGCUGUUCAGAUUUGAAGAUGAGACUGACUGCUGGCUGAUAUGGGCUCCUCAGAACACUAGUAGGUAGGGGAUGGGAUGAUUCGGAUUCGAAAUGGAAAUGGGCCUGCUGCUUUGCAGUGGGAGGAAGGGGGACUGAGCCUGUGGUUUUCAGAUCCUCUGGUGUGCCACAAAGCCUUCCUGCGUCCAACAGCAUAAUAGUCAGUGGUGAAUCAUGGUGACCCAGCAAAGACAGGACUGCUAAGGACUUGCUGUGGAGAUGGAGAUUCAGGUCACGCCAGCAGGUAAAAAAAUCCUGACCAGCUGAGGCGCUGGGAGAGGGUAAGAGAUGGGGGAAAAGCUGAUGGAAGAGCAAAGCUAUGAUUGUUCAGCCUGAAAUAAGUCUCAGAGACAAAAGCAUUUAGGAGAGAAAAGGUUACUUGCAAUAAGGUAGCAAGAGAAUCAGACAUUGGGAGGCCAGGCUUACCAAACAAAACCGCAGCAGUAUUCAAAGGAAAGCUCUGCAAGAUUCCCGGAGUUAAUACGUUUUUAUCAGUCUGCUCUUGAUGGUAAAAUGGCACGUCUUUCACAUGAUUAUCAAGUUCACAGAAAGUCAUGACACAUCUUUAGGCAUCAGCUUUGCAAAAGUCAGGGAUAAAUUUGUUUUUCCUAGGGAGUCAGCAAUUUAUGGGAAAUGCUCAAAGUUUAAUUUAUUUCUGGGACUGGAAGGAGAACUAUUUUUUUUUUUUUUUGUGAAACUCACAUGCAAUUUAUCAGCAAAAUCCUGUUAACUCUACCUUCGCAACAUACCGAGAAUCAGAAUACAUCUCGCCACCUCCAUGUACGUGCCACCAUCAUCUCUCCCCUACAUAUCACUAUUGCUCCUUAUCUGGACUUUGGUUUCCAACCUUGUCCCUUUACACGAAAUUCACAACAGUCACCUUACAGAGCAUGUAAGUCAGGCCAUUCACUCCUCUGCUCCGAUCCCUCCAAAUUCUAACUUGGAGUAAAACAAAUCCUAACAAUAGCUUACAAGGUCCCAAGGAGCUGAUGCUCCACAUUUUCUUUCUGUGACUCAGCUACUUCUCUCUAGCUCACUUCUCCAUAAACUCUCUUGCAAAUGGUUGAUCCUUGUAGAUACCAGACAUUCUGCCACCCCAAGGCCUUUGCAGUCACUGCGCUCUGUCUGGAGCUCUCUUCCCCCUGGAGCUCCUCAUGAUUUGUUCCCUUACCUCCUUCAGGCUUUUGCUCAGAUACCACCUUCCCAGUAAGGCCUUUCUUGACACCCUAUUCUUGAUGGCAUAUUAAAAAUGGUCCCUAUCUCCCUUCCCUGGUAUAUUUUCCUCCAUAACCCUAUCACCAUAUGACUUUCUAUAUUUUACUCAUCUAGUUUAUCUAUCACUCACCAGAAUUGAAGUUCUGUGAGCUUUUUUUGUCAGUCUGAUUACUGACAAAGGAUGCCUCUUUUGAAGGAGGGUGCCUGGCAUAUUGUACACACUCAGUAGGUACUUGCUGAGAGGUUGAAUGAAUGCAAGUAUGAGUAACUAGAGAAACAUACCAUGUUCUUUGUGGGAAAGAUUCAGCAAUAUGAAAAUGUUGAUUGUGCCCAAAUUGAUAUGUGAAUAGAAUACAAGACUGUGGUAAACUCAGAGAUGAGCCACCCAGACCAUUUCCCCACAGCUUCCAGCAAGGACUUGGUAUCCAGUUAUAGGGAGUGUGACCUGUGCAAACAGCCACCUUCACUCAGGUCUCACCCUUGUUGGAGUGGCUGGCAUCUGGUGACUGAUGUGGGGUCAUAAGGCCCCGGUUCAGCCCAGUGCUGGACAGCUCCAACACGCAUGCUGUUUGAACUCCCAGAGACUCCUCUUGGGUUGGUUGAAACUUUGUGAGGUCAUCACAGUUGCUUAACUUCUUCUGCCCACUCCUGCUCCAUCCCCUUCCUUUCACAGGUAUUGAUACUAGCAAACAGCUUGCACCCCAAAUUCAGUCUCAGCAUUGGCUUCCAAAGACCCAACCUGUGACAUACUAAUCUGAGUACCAAUUAACAAAGAAAACCAAAACAAGACAACAAAGCAAAACGAGAAAUAACCUAAAUGUCUAUCAAUUUGGAGAUUGAUAAACAAAUCAUGGUACAUAUUACGAAAUAAGAUGAAGAUGAGAAAUAAAUAAAGUACAUUUUUAGAACUGAUGUGGAGAAUAGUACUGGUACACUGUUAACUGAAUAAAAGAGAAGCAAGUGACAGAGCAGGAUCCCAUUUAUGCACAAAAUAUUAUCUAAAUCGCAUUUGUUUCCCUUCUCUGAGACCUUUUAAGAUUCUGAAGUUCCUUCCUAUUGAAAAGAUUGUGUGUAUGAUCUCAGGACAGCUCCCUUAAAGGGUUUACAGAGUUUAGAGGAUCAGAUUAAGUCCCUUUCAUGAGGACGGCGUGUGUGCAGAGGGCUCAGGCCAGGGUGCCAGGCAGCCCUAGGCUUGAUCCUGGCUUUCAAUUACCAGGCGUGUGGUCCUGGGCAGGUCACGCAAUAGCUUUGAGUCCUAGCCCAUCAUCCAAAAUGCCUCCCAAGUUUCUUUGGGAAUUGAAUGGUUAAUAUAAGGCAAGUGUCUGGUAUAACCCCCUUUAUAGAUUUGAUGUUCAAUAAAUGUCCUUCCUUUCCCCAGAUCCUCCUCUACCAUUCCGGCCAGGAAAUCCUAUUGUCACCCUCUUCCUUUAUUCUGAGUGGAGUGAGGAGAGCUAGGCCAGAGCUGGUGGAGCUUGAUGGCUGAGGCCCCAGCUUCCACUCCAGAGGAAGCUCAGAAGCCAGGGACUUGGGUCGGAAUUGAGCAAGAGCAGAGAAAUGGGCUCCCCUGGACCCAGCAGUGCAAUGAUGGAGACACGAUUCUGGGAAAUUCAGAGGCAGGAAGUAGAGUGGGUGUGUGGCAGAGGAGAAAAAACAGAUCGCACCUCUGGUCUCUUCUGGUCCUGGUUCCCCCUCCCUGCAAGAAUGAGGAAGUCAGGGAAGCUCAAAAGAAGCAGAAAGAGAAUAGACACACCCUGGAGGAGAGCACAGCUGGGUCCAUAUCCCACUCCUCCACACACGCAGCGUCUGCCUGGGUUCCUGCCUGGAUUCCUUCUUGUUAUUAUUUAUUGCCCAACGUCAAGGAAACAGAAGAUCCCAGAUCCCAGGCUGCUUGGCUUUCAGACACAAAGACCAGCAGGACGCUGGUCACUUUCGUGACUCUUCCCUCGGUCACCCAACCCUCCAGGAUUUCGUUUUUUCCAAAUCUGGUCUUUGCUGCACAGCGAACCCCAGAACCACAGCCUCCAGACCCCCACAGUUUCAACCCAUCCAUGGCUCCAGCAUGAGUGCUGACCUAGCAGGACAGGCCAUCUCAGUCCCAGCCCGUUAGGCGCAGUCCUGGCCAUGCAUUUACAUCCACUUUACCACCACCUUCAGCCCCAGGCUCAACCCAACCGCAGCUCAAAGCCCAAUCCUGACCUCACUCCAACCUCAGCCCGCUCCCACACCUGCCCCAACCCUGGGCUCUUGCUCAACUGGAAUCUCAUCUCUUACUUCAACCCUGGCCCCGACCUCCACUCCAACCUGGUCCCAGCCUCCCCCGCUGCCCUACCCCCUGCCCAGCCUAGCCACUGGCCCAGUCUCCAUUUCAGCUCCAGCGCUGGUCCAAGCAUGUCAAUGAAGUAUGAAAAAUUCCAGCACUCAGAGAGUGAGAAGAAAAUCCAGGAGGAGCUUAUCACUGGGCUGCCUCUGUCCCAGUCCUUCCUGCAGCGGCUCUGCUCUGGCCCUCGUCCCCUCCUGCUCUCCCUGAGCCUCAGCUUCUUCCUGCUGGUUGGCAUCUGUGUGAUCGGAUCCCAAAAUUUCAAGUCUCAGAGGGACUUGGUGAUGGUAAGAACAACUUUCAGAAACUUCGCUUCAAACAUUACAGCUGAGAUGGAGACACUGAAUUCCCAGGGUGGCAGUUUGCAAAAUAAGGUAACAUCUCUGAAAGCUGAGGUGGAAAAUAACAAGCAGGAGCUGCAGGCAGCCCAAAGCUUGAAUGACAAGGUGGUUUCUAUGGAGACCAAGCUGGAGAAACAGCAGCAGGAACUCAAAGCAGGUUAUUCCAUGUUGCUUCUGCGAGUCCAGCAGCUGAUAAAAGGCAUGAACUCCCUGACUUGCAAGAUGAAUGCUCUCAAGAACAAUGGCUCUCAAAAUACCUGCUGUCCUACUAACUGGCUGGAGUACCAAGGCACUUGUUACUGGUUCUCUGACUCUGAGAAGAACUGGUUCGAUGCUGAGAAGUACUGCCAGCUGGAGAAUGCUUACCUGGUGGUCGUCAACUCCAGAGCGGAGCAGAAUUUUAUCCGGGACCAUUUAGACUCCUCAUUCGCCUGGAUGGGCCUCAGUGAUCCUGAAGGAUUCUGGAAGUGGGCUGAUGGGACAGACUAUGAGUCCAGCUAUAAGAACUGGGAGCCAAGCCAGCCAGACAACUGGGAAGGGCAUGGGAUGGGCGGGGGCGAGGACUGUGCCCACUUCCUCCCCAGUGGCAAGUGGAACGACAAUGUCUGCCAGAAGCCUUUCCGCUGGAUCUGUGAGGCCGACCUCAGCUAGGAGCACUGCAGGCCACUCAGCCUCGGAAAAGCCGGGGAUGGGGCACCCUUCCCCAGAGACCCCGAACGAAACCUCUGUGGGAGAGAAAUGAGCCCUGCUUGGUUAGGAUGCUGCCAUUGUUUUGAAUUUUUUUCUCCUUAACUUUCAAAAGACUGUGUUAUUGUACAGAGUUCCUAGAGUGUUUUUUUUAAAUUUCAGCUUUAUUGAGGUAUAACAGACAAAUAAAAUUAUAACAUA